AUGCGUGUGUGCGUGGUUGGCGCCGGAGCGUCUGGCUUGCCGGCAGUCAAAGCUUGUCUAGAGGAAGGCCUUGAUGUCGUCUGUUUUGAGAAGACUGCUGAUAUUGGAGGACUGUGGAACUAUAGACCAGGCCAGAAGGACAUCGGAGGCACCGUUAUGGAGAGCACCGUAGUCAACACUUCAAAAGAAAUGAUGGCUUACUCUGACUUUCCACCACCAGCAGACUACGCCAAUUUCAUGCACCACUCGAAAGUCAUUGAAUACAUUAAAAGCUAUGCAGAGAAGUUCGAUUUGAUGAAGCAUAUUAGAUUCAGCACACCAGUCAACAGAAUAUCCCGAAACGAAGAAGGAAAAUAUAUUGUUUCGCUACAAAGUGGAAAAGUUGAAGAGUUCGACAAGCUGAUGCUGUGCACUGGACAUCACGCUCAGCCAUCUUAUCCAGAGCUGAAAAAUUUGGACAAAUUCAAAGGAGAAGUUGUUCACGCUUACAACUACACUAACACCAAAGGAUAUGAAGGAAAAGAUGUAUUUCUUCUAGGAAUCGGAAAUUCAGCUUUGGAUAUUGCAGUGGAUAUUGCAAAGAUCGCAAAAUCAGUCACUAUCUCAACCAGAAGAGGAACAUGGAUUUUCAACAGAGUCAGCCAAGGAGGAAUGCCAUACGACGUCCAAUUGUUCUCCCGUUACUAUGACAUUCUGCUCAAAAAACUUCCACACACAAUCGCCAACGAUUUUAUGGAGCAUCGUCUUCAACAAAGAAUGGAUCACGACUUGUACGGACUCCGACCAGACCAUAGAUUCUUCCAACAGCACCCAACUGUUAAUGAUGCUCUUGCCAACCUUUUAUGCGCUGGAUAUAUCACAAUCACUGAGGAUAUUGACACAUUCACAGAGGAUAGUGUGAUAGUGAAAGGAGGAAGAGAAUUCAAAUGUGAUAUCUUUUUGACUUGCACUGGAUACACUUUCGGAUUUCCGUUUGUCGAUUCGGAUAUUGUUGAAAUCAAGAACCAGCAAGUGCCGCUCUACAAGUAUGUCUUCCCACCAAACUCUGACAGUGUAGCUGUAAUUGGACUUAUCCAGCCAAUUGGAUCUAUCGCUCCAAUUGCUGAAAUCCAGAGCAGAUGGGCAGCUCGAGUGUUUUCUGGGAAGUGUGAAAUGCCGAGCAGUCAAGAGCAAGUCAACGAUAUUCAAAAGAAGAAAACAGCCAUGAAAAGACGAUACUUCGAUAGUAUCAAACAUACUAUUCAAGUGGAUUAUAUGACAUAUAUGGAUGAAAUCGCCGAGGUUAUUGGAUGUCUUCCACCGAUGAACCAGUACUUGUUCCAGUAUCCCAGAUUCUGGAUGAAGUUGUUUAUGGGUGCCAAUGUUCCAUAUGUGUAUAGAUUGGUCGGUCCAAAUUCAUGGGAUGGGGCGGAGCAAGCAAUAUGGACAGUGCCGGAUCGAGUGAAAAAGCCGUUGAAGAAUAGACAGUGUAGAACAAGAAAACAUAAGAAAAGAGGGACCACAGACGAGUAUUUCCGAUAUGCCACCCAAAAAGUGAUUGCCACCAACAUAUCAAUACUUUUCUGCUCUGGUCUUCUCCUCUUCUGCUCCACAACGUCUACUCUUCCACCAGUUGUCUAUUUCCUCUCCUUCUUCCUUUUCUUCACUCUUUACGGUGCCACUCUAAUGUGGUUCGACUUACAGUAUGACAUGACCACUAUCUUCUAG